AUGGCACUUGAUGCAGACAACAUUCUGCUGCACAUCAAGAGGACAUUGCAUUCUUCAGUCAGGCUUGCCUAUCAUUCUGCUUCUGAGUAUCCUGUGGCACUCGGCAUCGGCAUGCUGCUGCUGUUCCUACACAGACUCUGCCCUUCUCUGAUUACUUUCCUGCUGUCUUCGUCCCCGGUCUUCCUGCUAACUGCACUCCUUCUUGGAGCGCUGUUGAGCUACGGGGAACCAAGUGCUCCAGUGAUCGGACAGGACCAGAAAAAAUCGUCCGUUGAAUCCAGAGUAUCCAUCACUGAAUGUUCAGUGGCUGAGGAGGUUCAGAAUGUCGCCGUCACCCACAUGUCAAGGAGCUUUUUUGAGAGCCCAGUUGUCUGCGUUGAGGAAACAACUUCUGAUAGCAUGUUCCAUGAUACCCACCGUGAUGAGGACAGUAUUGUCACGUCUGUGUCUGCUGAUACCGUUCGCUGUGCAGAAGCUUCUGAGCUUACCAAGAGUGAAGUUGUUAUUGUGGGAAGAGAGGAGCGUGUCAAGGAAACCUGUGACAAGGUUGAGCUUCAGCAGUUUUUUCAGAGCAGCACUGCUGAAGGUGUUUCCGUUCAAGUGGACAAAACUUCCGAAGGUGUUCUGCUUGAUGCUCUGUGUGAUCAAGGAAAUGUGACAUCUAUGUCCACCGACACUGUUCUUUGUGCUGAAUCUUCUGGGUUUGGCAAGAAUGGUAUCAUUGCUGAAAGAGAGGAAGAGGAGCAUGUUAAGGAAAUCUGCGAGCAGGUUGCGCCGCCGCAACAGUCUGAGAGCACCGUUACAGAAAGCUCAGAUGAAGAUGGAGAAGAAGAAGAGAAGAGAGACGCCGAAAGUAGCUGGAAAGGCUUUGUGGAUCCAAACUCUUUGGAUACUGAAAAGAAUGGGAACUUGGAGAGUCUGAUGGCGCGGCGACUAGCAAAGAAUGUUCUGAAGUUUGAACUUGACAGGAGGCUAAUGGACAUGCAGGCCGCUGAUGCAGUUCAGAAAAUGGAGGAGGCAUCACGCUUCCGUGUUCAGGUGCCCUCCAUUUCUACACCAAGGCCCGAUCCUUCAAAUGAUUCAGAGGAUACAGUGGAGUUACCACAGGUUCCUGAUUCAGCGCCGUCUGUGCUGCUUCCCUGGAGGAAACCGUUUGAUAUUCCAUUUGACCAAAUUGUGGACCACGACAGCCGUUUGCAGGAAACUUGGACUCCUCGCUCAGGCUUUUCAUCAUCACAGGGAAGGAAACGUGACAGCUUGUAUGUAAGGCAGUCUACUUAUAUGCAACAUCACAACGGAAUAAAGCCAGAGAAGUCUGAAUUCAGUAGAAAAGAUGCUGUUGACAAUCACUCAGAAAGCGAUUCUGAGGAACCACUUGACAACAAUGGCAAGUUAUUUAUCUCACUGGAACCACGUAUUGGUGAUGAGAUCAAAAUACUAAGCGCGGCAAUUUCAGAUGUGUGUGUGCUCGAAGCAAAUCAUGGAAUUAAGGAGGGCAGCACUGAUUCCGUCAACGGCACAAAUUCCUUUUAUGUCCAAAAAUCACUGUCCAGCGCGUCAGAUGUGAACAAUUCAAUUUAUGCAGGUAAUGAGCAAUCGGUACUUUGUUCUCUAUCUGAAGAACACAACAAUAUUGAGGAACAUAUGGUUGAAGUUGAAGAAGACGACUCCAUGAGUGAAGUUAACUCGUUAUUCAAGUGCCGCAUGGAGGAAGUGCUAGUGCAGUCCAUUUCAGAGUCUGGCAUAGGCCAACCCUUGAUGGUUAAACUUGAGCACGAGCUUAGUGAUACUUUAUUACACGCAGAACCUGCAAUACCUUUGAUUGAAGCAAGAUCAGUAGAAGAGCUGAAUUCACAGUUUGCUCAGCUGAAUGGAGAAGCAUUAUUAGCACCCGCUGCUUCUAUCUCCAGUUGUGAUGAUGAUCAGCCGAUCCAAGACGGGCCAAGUGAAGCAUUGCCUGUGGAAAAUGGGGAUACUGAAGAUUCUUCAGAUUGCACGCUUGACAAGGGUCCAGUGGCUGUGAAGGUCGUCGAAGGUGAAGGUGAGCCAAAGGAGGUGCUGACUGAAGACGGUGGGCUUCCUGUUGUAGAAGCAAGCUCGGUUGAGGAGAUGAGCUCACUGUUCAGGCAACUGGAAGCAGCAGCAGCAGCAGGGCCAGCACUGAUGCGUGCUGGUAGCUCAGAGUCAGAGCAGAUGUUUGUUGGUCAGCACACUGGAGAGACAGAGACUGAUUGUGGUGUGCUAGUUCCUGAGCCUGCUGCUUGGGAUGAUACCAAUCCUACUUAUGUGCAGUUAAGCAUCGACGGCGGUGACAAGAUGAAGAUUCCUGGAGAUGGCGAAGUAAUCCUGGAUAAUUCGCCGAGGUAA